AGUGCAUUCCAGAGUUGACUAUUCAUGGCAUGUACUGUUAGAGGAUGCCCAUUGGCAUUUAUUUUUAUAAUUAUGUGGCUGUUGAUUAAAGCAAAGAUAGAUGUGUGCAAGAGAGGAAAUGUGACUGUGACGCCUUCCAAAGAAAUUUCACUUGGAUCAGCUGUCAAUAUUUCAUGUUAUUUGAAGCCCCAACAAGGCUGCUCGAGCUAUCCCAGUUCUAACAAGUUAAUCCUCUACAGAUUCAACAGAACAAUUCACUCUCAGCAUAGCCACUACCUCAGCUCUCAAGUCACAGGUCUCCCCCUUGGCACAACCGUGUUUCGCUGCAAACUGGCCUGUAGCAGUGGUGACGAGAUUCGAAUAUGUGGGGCAGAGGUCUCUGUUGGUGUUGUACCAGAACAGCCUCAAAAUGUAUCUUGCAUACAGAAGGGAGAACAUGGGACUGUGGUCUGCACCUGGGACAGAGGAAGAGACACCCAUAUAUCAACUGACUAUACUUUACAGUUAAGUGGACCACAAAAUUUAAGUUGGCAAAAGCAAUGUAAGGAUCAUUAUUGUGAUCAUUUGGAUCUUGGAAUAAACCUAACGUCUGAAUCACCUGAAUCCAGUUACACAGCCAAGGUUACUGCCAUCAAUAAACUUGGAAGCUCUUCUUCAUUUCCAUCCACAUUCACAUUCCUGGACAUAGUGAAGCCUCUUCCUCCGUGGGACAUAGGAAUCACAUUUCUAAAUGAUUCCGUGAGAAGAUGUACACUUCAUUGGAAAGAUGAGGGUCUGGUGCUGCUAAAUCGACUCAGAUAUCGGUUCAAUAAUGGCGGGUCCUGGAAUAUGGUUAAUGUUACAAAUGCCAAAGGAAGACAUGAUUUGCUUGAUCUGAAACCAUAUACAGAAUAUGAAUUUCAGAUUUCCUCUAAGCUACAUCUUUAUAAAGGAAGUUGGAGUGAUUGGAGUGAAUCAUUGAAGAAACAAACACCAGAAGAAGAGCCUGAUGGGAUUUUAGAUGUCUGGUACAAGAAACAGCACAUUGACUACAAUAGACAACAGAUUUCUCUUUUCUGGAAGGAUCUGAGUAUAGCAGAGGCAAGAGGAAAAAUCCUCCACUAUAAGGUGACCUUGCAAGAAGUAGCAGGAGGGAAGACCAGACUAAAGAACAUCUCAGCACAUAGCUCCUCCUGUGCCUGGAUCAUUCCCAGAACCGGGAGCUGGGCUGUGACUGUGUCUGCAGCCAACUCAAAAGGCAGUUCCCAGCCCACUCAUAUUAACAUAAUGGACCUGUGUGGGGCAAGGUUGCUGGCUCCUCUCCAGGUCUCUGCACACUCAGAGGGCAUAAACAACAUGAUGGUGACUUGGGAGCCUCCCAGGAGCGCUGCCUCUGCUGUCAAGGAGUACGUGGUGGAAUGGCGGGAGCUCUAUCCAGGGAGUGGUAAGAAGCACCCUCUAAACUGGCUACGGACACCCUCCUACAGCAUGUCUGCUUUGAUUUCAGAGAACAUAAAACCCUACAUCUGUUAUGAAAUCAGCGUGUAUGCACUGUCUGCUCACCAGGCAGGAUGCAGCUCUGUUCGGGGCAACUCUAAAGACAAAGCACCCCUGAAUGGCCCCAGUAUUAAUGCCAUCACAGAGGAAAAGGGAAGGGUUUUAAUUUCAUGGAACCAAAUUCCAGCCCAGGAGCAAAUGGGCUGCAUCCUGCAUUACAGGAUCUACUGGAAGGAACAGGACUCUGACUCCCAGCCUCGGCUCUGUGAAAUCCCCUAUAGGGUAUCCCAAAACUCACAGCUAAUAAAUGGCCUGCAGCCCAGAGUGACAUAUGUCCUGUGGAUGACAGCUCUGACAGCUGCUGGUGAAAGCCCCAGAGGAAAUGAGAGGGAAUGUUAUCUGCAAGGUAAAGCCAGUUGGAAUGUGGUUGUGGCACCCAGCAUUUGCAUCGCUGUCAUCAUGGUGGGCAUUUUCUCAAUGCGUAACUUCCGGCAAAAGGUAUUUUUUCUCCUUUCGGCCCUCAGACCUCAGUGGUGUAGCAGAGAAAUUCCAGACCCAGCGAAUAGCACUUGGGCUAAAAAAUAUCCCCUCAUGGAGGAGAAGAUGCAGCUGCCUGAGGACAGGCUCCUGACAGCCAGGCACACACCUGAAGAACCUGAGACACUGGUCCUCAAUGAGGUCAUUCAUCAAGUGGCCCCAGCCUUCAGACGUCCCCAUCGCUGCAUCUGGCCGGAAAAGGGACAAGGAGUCCAAGGUCACCAUAUCUCUGAGGAAGACACAGCACCUCCAAGAGCUCUCACAGCUGAGACAAGACAACUAGGGGAUCUGUACAAGGUGCUGGGGGGCAAAGGACCUGACUCAAAACCUAGAAAUCCAGUCAGCCCCUUGACAGUCCUCCCAGUGGACUAUCUUCCCACCCAUGAGGGCUACCUACCCUCCAACAUAGACUAUCUCCCUUCCCAAGAGGCUCCUGGCCCUAACCCUCUGGAAGAACUGGAGCCUCAGCACAUCUCCCUUUCUGUUUUCCCCUCAAGUUCCCUUCACCCGCUCAGCUUCUCCUAUGGUGAGAAGCUGACUCUGGAUCAAUUAAAGAUGGGGUGUGACUCCCUUGUGCUCUGA